CUUUGUCGAAAAUCAGUUGUCCAUGUUUGUGUUGGAUUCUCUGUUUUGUUCCAUUGGUCUGUGUCUGUUCUUUCACCAAUAUCACUUUGUCUUAACUACUGUACGUUUUUAGUACAUCUUAGAAUCGAGUAAUGUGAAUCCUCCAAGUUUUUUAUUCUUUUUCAAAUUGUUUGGGUUAUUCUAGUUCCUUUACCUUUUCAUAUAUAUUUUAGAAUCAGCUUGUCUGUAUAUACAAAGAAUACUGCUGAGAUUUUGAUGGAAUUGCAUUAAAUAGAUCAGUUUGUGGAGAACUGACAUUUUAACUCUAAUGAAUCUUCCAAGCUGUGAACAUGAUGCUUCUCCGUUUACUUAGCUCUUCUUUGAUAUUGUUUAUCAGAAUUUUGUAGUUUUCUACAUACAUAUUCUUAACAUUUUAAUUUUAAAUCUUUUACAGACUAGAUUAUGGAAAUGGGAAGUGAAGAAGAAAAGUGGGAGAAGCUGGAUGCAGAAUUUGAUCACUUCGUGGUAGAUAUGAAGCCUUUUGUUCUAAAAUUACCCCAUAGGUCAGAACGCCAGAGGUGUGCUCUUUGGAUUAGAAAACUGUGUGAGCCUUCAGGAACGGGUACAGGAAUAAUGGGCAGGAAGAAUCGGAACCUCUAUGCAAAGCUGUUAUUGCAUAUGCUUAAGCGAGGCGUGCUUGAAGGCCCUUUUACACAUCGACCUGAACCAGGGACACUCAAAACUUUACCUUCAUACAUGUCCAUCUAUUUUGAUGAACCAAGUUCCGUACGUGUGAAAGGUCCAAGUCCAGAGAGAUUACCAGACUGGGUAAUGAGUGAGCUGGGGACAAGUGACCACAAAUUAAAUGAAUCAUGGAAACUUUCUUCUGAAGAUAACACUUUGGUGCAGUCGCCAACCGAUGUCCACAGGCGAAUGGAGACCAAUUGGAGUACCUUGGAUGGCCGCUCGCAAGCUUUUAAGACCAGUAGGGAACAGUACAGUGGGCAGCUCCGAAUGAGAUCGCAUUCUGUGAGUCCAGCCUACAGAGAAGAUGGAGAAGAUGUUACCCCGAAGAUUGCUGAAGAUCAUUUGAAAAAAUCUGCUCUUUCUUUGGAUGACAGUGACAUUGAAGCUCGCCUUAAUAGUUGGAAUCUUGGGAUAGAAAAUCCUCGGUAUCUGAGACAGAAGCCUGUCCCAGUUUCUCUGACGACUCCCAAAUUCAGCCUGAGAAAAUCCAGCAGUUUUCACGAUGAUCAUUUACUCUCUCGAAUGCAUGAAAAAGAGUUGGAUAUGAAGACAAAAAUAGUGGAAGCGAAAUUUCAUGAAGAGAAGCUUAAGCUACAACAGAAACAUGAUGCUGAUGUUCAGAAGAUUCUGGACAGAAAGAAUCAUGAACUAGAAGAAUUGAAAACCUUAUACAAAAGAAAGCAAAACGAAACUGAGGAGACUAUUAGAAAGCUUGAAAAGAAAGUUCAGACCCUUAUACGUGACUGUCAAGUUAUCAGAGAGACUAAAGAAAACCAGAUUACAGAGCUAAAAAAGAUAUGUGAACAAAGUGCAGAAUCUCUGAAUAAUGAUUGGGAGAAAAAGCUUCACACUGCUGUAGCAGAAAUGGAAAAGGAAAAGUUUGAUCUUCAAAAGAAACACACUGAAAAUAUUCAAGAAUUGCUUGAGGAUACAAAUAUACGUCUGAAUAAGAUGGAGGGUGAAUACGUGGCACAAACACAGGCCACAAACCAGAUGGUCAAAGAACUGGAGGCCCGUGUGCAGCAGCUGACUGGAGAAGCCGAGAACAGUAAUUUACAGAGGCAGAAGUUAAUUCAGGAAAAAAUGGAACUGGAGAGAUGUUACCAGAUAACAUGCAAUGAAUUACAAGAAGUAAAGGCAAGGCGCAAUACACUACAUAAAGAGAAAGAUCAUCUUGUAAACGAUUAUGAGCAAAACAUGAAACUAUUACAAACCAAAUUUGAUGCUGAUAUAAACCUUCUGAAACAGGAACAUGCUCUUUCGGCUUCUAAGGCAUCUGGUUUGAUCGAAGAAUUGGAACAGACCGUCUGUUUAUUAAAAGAGCAGUUACAGGAAUCAGAACAUCAAAGAAUGCAACAACUAAAGGAUCAAGAAAAUAAAUUUCAAAUGGAAAAAAGUCAUUUAAAACGCACCUAUGAAAAAAAGGUGCAUGACUUGCAGAACGAACUUGAUAAAGAAAAAGAAGAUGCUCAAAAAAAAAUUCAUAAAUUUGAGGAAGCUUUGAAGGAAAAAGAGGAGCAGCUAACUCGUGUGACUGAAGUUCAGAGAUUGCAGGCCCAGCAGGCAGAUGCUGCUCUGGAGGAGUUUAAGAGGCAGGUGGAACUGAACUCAGAGAAAGUCUAUGCUGAAAUGAAAGAACAGAUGGAAAAAGUGGAAGCAGAUCUAACUAGAUCCAAGUCUCUUCGUGAGAAACAGUCAAAAGAUUUUUUAUGGCAGCUAGAAGAUGUCAAAAAAAGAUAUGAACAGCAGAUAGUAGAGCUGAAGCUGGAGCAUGAACAGGAGAAGACGCACCUAUUACAGCAGCAUAACGCAGAGAAGGAUAGCCUAGUCCGAGAUCAUGAACGGGAAAUUGAAAACCUGGAGAAACAGCUUUGCGCUGUUAAUAUGGAGCAUGAAAAUCAAAUUCAAGAGUUCAAGAAACGAGAUGCACAGGUUAUUGCUGACAUGGAGGCCCAAGUUCACAAGCUGAGAGAAGAGCUGAUUAAUGUGAACUCACAGAGGAAACAGCAACUGGUAGAGCUUGGCCUUCUUCGCGAAGAGGAAAAGCAAAGGGCUGCGAGGGACCAUGAGACCGCUGUCAACAAACUGAAGGCUGAAUCAGAGAAGAUGAAAAUAGAGCUAAAAAAGACUCAUGCUGCUGAGACAGAGAUGACAUUGGAAAAGGCCAGCAGCAAACUGAAGCAGAUUGAGAAGGAAUAUACUCAGAAGCUUGCCAAAUCUUCACAGAUCAUAGCUGAACUUCAGACAACCAUUUCCUCUCUGAAAGAGGAGAACAGCCGGCAGCAGCUUGCUGCAGAAAGGCGGCUCCAGGAUGUUAUACAAAAGUUUGAAGAUGAGAAGAAGCAGCUGAUUAGAGAUAAUGACCGAGCAAUCAAGGCUCUACAGGAUGAACUGGAUGCCCGUUCUAAUCAGUUGCGGAAUGCAGAGAAAAAAUUACAGCACAGAGAACUGGAGUCACAAGAACAGAUAACUUACAUACGCCAAGAAUAUGAAACAAAAUUCAAAGGGUUGAUGCCAGCAUCUCUAAGACAAGAACUCGAAGACACCAUUUCCUCCCUAAAAUCUCAGGUGAACUUUCUGCAGAAGAGAGCAUCCAUCCUUCAAGAAGAGCUGACCACAUACCAAAACAGAAGGUAACUGCACAAGAGAUGGGCCGUGGAUGCAAUCAUUGGGGCUGCACUGUGGACGUCUUCCAGCAGGUUUGAAGAUUUGGAUAUUGUAAACUGUGAGAUCAGUGGCAUUUUUUAAAACUUAAAAGUAUGUAAUUAAGAUCAUAAAAACAUGCAUCAUUCA